UAUUAAGUAUUUUCCAUUAUAGAUGGAAUUUAAACAUGUUAAGCUUCUUAUUAUGCUUUGUUGGGCUUGUUUAAUCCAUUUUAUCCAUUCCUACUCAUUUGGGGUUCGAUUCCAACUGAAGUAGCUAUGGAGAAGGAAGUAGAAUCGAGGCGAAAGAGAGAGGUGUUGGAGAAGGUGGUUGAGGUCAUUGCUUCAAUCAAAGAUGCCAAACACGUUGAUCAAGUUAUCUGUGCUCUUCAUUCCCUCGCCCUUCGUCUCUUCCCUCUUGACUCGCACUCCCUCGCAGGUAGUGUUAAUGAGCAGUACAGGGAACAGUUAAUUAGUGCGAGACUCCCGGCUACGCACGAGAGAGAUGAAUGGUGGCAGAUUUUCUACAAAGGCCCUGCAUUCGCAACAUUGGCUAAGAUUUUGUUAUAUGAUUUGGCUUAUGAUUGGCUGGCAUGUCUCCCCAUUUCUGUGAGGAUGCACGUCUAUGAUGUGUUCUUUUUGAGAGGCCAAGUCAUUGAGGUUGUAAAGAAAUUAGUUCCUUGUCUACAAUGGAGAGGUAGUAGUGAUAAUGACACCCGUUCCGUCCACUCAAAUGCUGAAAGAUUGCUUGUGCUUUGUUUGCUUGACAAUAUGGGAGUUACCCAGAUUGCUCGAGAAUUGUCUACUUACUGUCAAGAAGAUCUUGCCCAUGAAGAGCUCAAGCAGAUUAUAUCACAGGUGGUCCAACUCCUUACGUCUAUACCUGAUAAAGCUCAAGCAGGAACCCCUAAUGCAUUAUCAUCACACGUGUUCUUCAAGCAUAUCACUGCUCAACUUCUUGCUGGAGCACAUGAAUGGGACAAGCUUUUAGAUGGAGGAGAUCACGUUGAUAAAAACAAACUAGGUGGCGUCCUCCUGUUAAUGGGUGAAGCAUUUGCCCGCAUUAGUCGGCGAGGAUCAGCAGAUGUGCUGUUAGGCGUAGUGGUUCCUGAAAUACAUAAACACGUACAAGGCUUCUUACCGCCAAAUUCGGAUAUCCCUAUUGGUGAAGCAUUUCAAUCAACACCUGGUUUGCGAUUUUGGUUGAAGAUGAUGGAGUCAAUCAAAGACCCUUACUGCUUAGAAAGAAUGACUGAACAGCUACUCAAACAAUUAGUAGCUCAAAAUACAGGAGAUAUUGAAGCUCAUUGGAUUUUGUGGAUAUUAUUUCAUCAGGUUUACCAGCAACAAGCCUCAAUUAGGUCCAUGUUUCUUGAGAAAUUCUUACUGUGGAAAGUAUUCCCUAGUAAUUUCUUGAGAUGGAUUCUUCACUUUGCUGUUUUCCAAUGUUCCCCUGAAAAUUCCUCAUCAGUGAAAGCUUGUAACCUCCGUACUCUCUCAGAGACUGUUCAGCGGCUUGUCACGGCUUGGUCCAAACGGGAGUUUGUGCAAUCUACUUCAAUUGAGCAGCAAGCCUAUAACACUGCUGCCUUAGGGCUUUGCUUAGAGAAGAUGUCUAAAGAAGAUUUAGAUGCAACCAAGGAUGCAAUGCAGUGUAUUCUUGAAGGAGUUAGCUGUAGGUUGGAAAGUGCUGACCAUUUGAUCCGAAAAAUGGCUAGCAGCGUUGCAUUAGCAUUUUCCAAAGUAAUUGACCCCCAAAAUCCUCUCUACCUUGAUGAUAGUUGUCGUGAGGAAACUAUUGACUGGGACUUCGGUUUAUUAACCCCAGAAAAAAGAUUUUUGGCUAGUUCCACAAACAUAGAUGGAGAUAUUAAGGGUUGUUCAACCACAGUAGCUGCAAAGGUAUCAAAUACUAUAGCUGCUGCCAGCACACAUGAUAACAUCACGAGUAAAAAGAAGAAAUUAUUUGGAUUUGAAUCUGUUGAUCCAGAUGAGAUCAUUGAUCCAGCAUCCCUAAAUUAUGAGGUCGGCUCUAGUGAAGAUGAUGAGGAUAAUGCAAGUGAAACUUCCGAGUCCUCGAAUGACUCGUCUUUGCAGCCGUAUGACUUGGCAGAUGAUGAUGCAGAUCUGAAAAGAAAUUUCUCACAGUUAGUGGAUGUGAUCGCAGCACUAAGGAAAUCUGAUGAUGCUGAUGGUGUUGAUAAGGCUAUUGAUGUUGCUGAGAAGCUUGUACGAGCAUCACCUGAUGAGCUCAAGUUUGUAGCUUCCGACCUAACCAGAAGUCUUUUACAAGUUCGCUGCUCUGAAUCAACUAUUGAAGGGGAGGAAGGGUCUGCUGAAGAGAAGAGACAAAAAGCGCUUGUUGCUUUGAUUGUCACAUGUCCUCGUGAAUCUCUCAGUACACUAAAUAAUUUACUUUAUUCACCAAAUUUAGAUGUCAGCCAGCGGUUACUGAUACUUGACGUAAUGACGGAGGCUGCACAGGAGCUUGCAAAUACAAAGAUUUCAAGACUUAAACAACGGUCUAACGCUCUUGUAUCAUCCAUGGAUGAUCAACCAUGGUUCAUGCCAAAACCUAUUGGUCCUCCUGGAGCCGGCUCUUGGAAGGAGAUCUCAACACCAGGGACUCCUUUUAAUUGGUCUCAUUCUUAUGAGAGAGAACUUCCUCAUAAACCAGGUCAGAUCAAGAGAGGAAAGACACGCCGUUGGAGCCUUCAUUCAGCUUUACCGGUAAACCAGCUUGAAUGGACCCAGAACAAGUUUCCCCAGUAUGCAGCGGCUUUUAUGCUUCCAGCCAUGGAAGGAUUUGAUAAGAAAAGGCAUGGUGUAGAUUUGCUUGGCAGAGACUUUAUUGUUUUGGGGAAGCUUAUCUACAUGCUUGGUGUUUGUAUGAAGUGUUCAGCCAUGCAUCCAGAAGCAUCUAUUUUGGCAUCUCCUCUUUUGGAAUUCUUAAGAUCAAGGGAGAUAUCUCAUCAUGUGGAAGCUUAUGUUAGGAGAUCUGUCCUGUUUACUGCUUCAUGCAUAUUGAUUUCUCUUCAUCCCUCCUCUGUGGCGGCUGCCCUGGUUGAGGGGAAUUCUGAAAUUUCCAAAGGACUUGAGUGGGUUCGCAGCUGGGCACUUGAUAUUACUGAAUCUGAUACCGAUAGGGAGUGCUACACACUGGCUAUGACUUGCCUCCAACUUCAUGCUGAGAUGGCUCUACAGACCUCUCGAGCACUUGAAUCACCAGAAAGCUUACACGGAUCGAAUAAGAGUAGUCUACCAUCAAAUAUGUUGAAGGGGGUUAUCAAAAUCCCCAAUUCAAGUGGUGGCGUUCUUAGCCUCCCUUAGAUAUUAUUGACAUGCCUAUUCUCCAGUACUAUCUGUAAAUAUCCAACCUCGGCUUCAUAAUUGACAUCCCUCAGCACAAACGAUAAAAUGAUUCUGUCUUUGUUCUUGCCUAUAUCUAUUUAUUGUUGUAUGCCAUGCAAGUGCUUUUAUUUCAUGAAUUUUCAGAAUAUUGCUAGGCCCCUGCUCAAGCCGUCUGAUGCAUCUUGGAGAGUUUGGCUCAAGAAGCAUAAAGUUUAGCAAUGCUUACUCCAAGAAUUGGUGUGAGGUGCUAAAUUUUUUCAAAGAGGCGUCCUUUGAGAAAAGGAGAGAAUAUUGGCAUGUUAGCACUUGUGAUGAGGUUUUUCAUCCCAAAGAUUCAGUGCAGCCUUGAGUUUAAUGCGUUUCGAGGGUAUGCCUUUGUUCUCCCGACAUGCAUCUUGCAAUUUCUGUCAUGUACAUACAAAUUAUAUGACUUCAAAUGGAAUGCAAUUAGUCCUUGGGCAUUGAAACAGAUUUGGGAAUCCAAAACUCCAUUCAACGUAGCUUGCUAUAAGACGGAUAGCCUGACUAACACAAAGAUCAUCGCGGAAGAAUUAAAUUGUCUCAAUGUUGUUUCUUAUUUUCCUCUAAAAAUAUGACUUCUUGUGUUCUGUUUCCUUUUCCAUAUUGGUUUAGUAUUUUCUUUCCUAGAAUGAACGCCGUCUUGUUUCCUUUUCUUAAAAUGUAAGAGCGCAUUGGCCAAUAAUAUCUUUUCUUUGGCUCUCUC